AUGGGCGAUCGGCAGGUUCUCCGCGCGUGGACAGAGUAUCUGUUUGGAGGAGAAUCGUCCACGUCUGAGGGUUACGGAAUCAUCAUCAUUACAGCUGAGGGGGAAUCUGCAAAGCCCCGUCAGAAUGACAAGAAUGACAAGGACGAAACUACUGAGUUACAGGGACUACGCAGGUCCAACCAGGUCCAACAGGAGAAGAGGAACAGCACACGCGAGAUUGUAAAACAGGUAUCAUCAUAA